AUGGCAGCCCUCGUUGGGUACAUUUCAAGGAGUCGGGCGCCCCUGGGCCGCCUAUCCUGGCAGCCCCUGAGGCGGCACAUUGCGGUCACCGCUGAGCCCACGCCGAACCCAGACUCGAUCAUGUUCUACCCGAACGAUCGCGACGUUCUGGGCGACGGAACGCAGACCAUGCGGUUCAGCAACAAGUACGAGACGAACGACUCCCCGUUGGCAGCGGCCAUCUUCAAGGUGAAGGGUGUCAACGAGGUGAUGCUGGCGGCGAAGCACGUGACCGUGACAAAGGCGCCAUCCUCCGACUGGAGCCUCAUGCAGCCGAACCUGGAGUUGGUCAUCAGCCAGUUUUAUGCAGCCGGCCUGGAGGCCUCCGGGCAAGGUGGCGGUUCAGUUGUGGAUAAGAUUCGAGGCUACUGGAGGCUUCCCUUGACUGAUGCUUCGCAGCAGCUGGAAGCCUCGGAAAGAGCGAGCGCCCUCCUCCCGCAGCUCGCCGACGCGGCGCAGCGGGGCGCCAUCGCCACCAGCCGAGGCUCUAGCGCCGGUUUCGAGGUUUACACCGGCUUGGGCGGCAUUGCGCUCGCCUUCUACCGCGCUUCGCGGCACUGCCAAGAGACCCCCCGGGCUCGCGGUGCCCCAGCCUCUGCGAGCGUGGAGCUGGCGCGGAAGGCGCUCGCAGUCUCCGGCGCGUGCCUAAAGGCCAAGCCAAGGUCGCAGGAAGUUUCCUUCUUCUGCGGCACGCCCGGGUUCCUGGCCAUCGCCUGCGCGUCGUGCCAGGCUCUUGGCGACUCCACGGGCUGCCAGGGGCACCUCCGGAACCUCCUCGACUGGAGCGCCGCAGCCCUGGGGCAUGCCGAGGACGAGCUCCUCUUCGGCAGGGCCGGGUAUCUCUACGCCUUGCUAUGGGUAAGGCAGCUCCUGGGAUCCGACGCUGCAGACUUUGCCACACCACUGAGGGCGGUGGCCGAGAGACUGGUGGAGACGGGGCGUUCCCGAGCCGAGAGGUACGACUGGCCCCUGAUGUGGCACUGCUUCAAGGAGCCCUACUUGGGCGCAGCGCACGGCGUCGUGGGUAUCCUGGCCAUGCUUCUGCACUGCUACGACCUGCUCAGCGAGGGCAGCCGGCAGCUCGUCCGCGCCACUUUGCAGAAGCUCCUCUCCAUUCGCUACACGAGCGGCAACGUGCCCAUCGUACUCGGUGAUCGGCGCGACGAGCAUGUGCACUGGUGUCACGGCGCGUCUGGAUUGCCUGCGCUCUGCUUGCUUGCAGCGACGGUGCUGGGUGACGCGGACGGGUCGCUGCGGGCAGCCGCGCUGCAGGCGGGGGAGGUGGUUUGGCAGCGCGGCCUUAUCCUCAAGGGCCUUGGGCUUUGUCAUGGGAUCGCCGGCAACGCGUACGCCUUCUUGAGCCUCUACCGCGCAGACCGAGACUCGCGCCACCUGGCCAGGGCGCAAGCGUUUGCGGCCAUGAUGCAGCAGCCGGAGAUACAAGAAGCCAUCCGGCGCCAGCCAGACAGCCAGCGGCUAGUCCGUGGGGUGCCCGACUCGCCCCUGAGUCUCAUGGAGGGCGACGCCGGCCUCUUCUGCUUCCUGCUGGAUAUGGCCGCGCCGGAGAGGUCUUCCUUCCCUGGCUGGGAGCUGUGA